CCCCCCAACACUCAGUACCCCAGACUUCAACCACUCCAAACCCAGGCCCUCUCCAGCCCGGAACGCCUUCUUUUCAGUGCCCUGGGACCUUUCUCUGCCCCUAGACAGUCAAUGUCAGGGACCACUGGGCCGAGCCCCCUCCCCUGCCCUUCCGGAGGCCACAUCCUGGACCCACAGCUGGAGCCUGGGGUCUCAACUAGAGCCCCCCCAGGGCUCUGUAGCUGCUGGCUUCCUCCCCGCAGCCCCGCCCCCUGCCCAUGACCCACAGCCAGAGUGGCCGCGGGAGCCACCUCGGGACUGGUCUGACGGCAUUCCGCCUCCCGGGAUAAAACCUGGGGCGACCUGCAGGGAACCUACACACCCUGACCUGCAUCGCCCUGGGUCUCUCGAGCCUGCUGCCCGCUCCCCCGCCCCACCAGCCAUGAUGGUUUCUGGAGGCCCCGCAUCCCUGGGUGGGGGCUGUCUUGGCACCUUCACCUCCCUGCUGCUGCUGGCGUGGACAGCCACCCUCAAUGCGGCCAGGAUACCUGUUCCCCCAGCCUGUGGGAAGCCCCAGCAGCUGAACCGGGUUGUGGGCGGCGAGGACAGCACUGACAACGAGUGGCCCUGGGUCGUGAGCAUCCAGAAGAAUGGGACCCACCACUGCGCCGGCUCCCUGCUCACCAGCCGCUGGGUGAUCACUGCUGCCCACUGUUUCAAGGACAACCUGAACAAGCCAUCCCUGUUCUCUGUGCUGCUGGGAGCCUGGCAGCUGGGGAAUCCUGGCUCUCGGUCCCAGAAGGUGGGUGUUGCCUGGGUGCAGCCCCACCCUACGUAUUCCUGGAAGGAGGGUGCCCGUGCGGACAUUGCCCUGGUGCGUCUCGAGCACUCCAUACAGUUCUCGGAGCGGGUCCUGCCCAUCUGCCUGCCUGAUGCCUCUAUCCACCUCCCUCCAAAUACCCACUGCUGGAUCUCAGGCUGGGGGAGCAUCCAAGAUGGAGGUGCGGCGUCUUUCUCUCCAAGGUGGUUGGGGGUGGAUGGGGACAGAGGAUGGCAGAUACUUAGGGACACAGACACCAUGAGCAACAAAAAGUGGAGGCCAGAGGCACAGCAUGACACAGAUGGAAGAAAAGAUGGGUUGCAAUCCAGAAGAAACCUCGUGCCCUUGCCCCACCCUCAGACCCUGCAGAAGCUGAAAGUUCCUAUCAUCGACUCGGAAGUCUGCAGCCGCCUGUACUGGCGGGGAGCAGGACACGAAGCCAUCACUGAGGACAUGCUGUGUGCUGGCUACUUGGAGGGGGAGCGGGAUGCUUGUUUGGGCGACUCCGGGGGCCCCCUCAUGUGCCAGGUGGACGGCGCCUGGCUGCUGGCCGGCAUCAUCAGCUGGGGCGAGGGCUGUGCCGAGCGCAACAGGCCCGGGGUCUACAUCAGCCUCUCUGCGCACCGCUCCUGGGUGGAGAAGAUCGUACAAGGGGUGCAGCUCCGUGGGCGCGCUCAGGGGAGUGGGGCCCUCGGGGCACCGAGCCCGGGCUCUGGGGCGGCCGCGCGCUCCUAGGGCGCAGCGGGUCGCGGAGCUCGGAUCUGAAAGACGGCCAAAUCCAGAUCUGGAUCUGGAUCUGCGACGGCCUCGGGCGGAUUCCCCCGCUGUAAAUAGGUCCAACUACCUCUGGGGGCCCGGUCGGCUGCUGCGGAAAGGAUACCCCUCCCCGCCCCGCCCGACGGCCUCAGGUCCCGCCCCACGACUUCCGGUCCCGACCCGGGCCCCAUUGCUUCUGUGUUUAUAAAAGUUAAUGAUUUUUAUAGCUAUUUGUAACCCUGCCCACAUAUCUUAUUUAUUCCAACAAUUUCAAUAAAUUAUUUAUUCUGCA